GUAACUCUAACCACCAAAAAAAAAAAAAAAAAAAAAGAGUAAAAACGGUGCGUUUUAUUGAAGAGUACACAGAGAGAGAGAGAGAGAGAGAGCAUGAUGAUAUCAGGAGGAAUAGGAGGGAAUUCAGCAUCAUCAUCAUUAUCAUCAAUAGCAUUGACAGCAUCGACGACCUCUUUGUCUGCUUCGGGGAAGAGGAUUCAGAGGGAGAUGUCCGAGCUCAACAUGGACCCACCUCCCGAUUGCUCUGCUGGACCCAAGGGUGACAAUCUCUACCACUGGGUCGCCACCGUUAUUGGCCCCCAAGGAACUCCAUAUGAAGGUGGUAUAUAUUUCCUAGACAUAACAUUUCCAAGCGAUUAUCCAUUCAAACCUCCAAAGGUAGUGUUCAAAACUCGUAUUUACCACUGCAAUGUUGAUACUGCUGGCAAUUUGAUUAUAGACAUUUUAAACGAUAGUUGGAGUCCAGCUCUAACAAUCACUAAGGUGCUACUUGCAAUCAGAUCAAUUUUCACAAAUCCUAAUCCCUCAGAUAAGCCGCUUAUCCCUGGCAUUGCCCGAUUGUACUUGGCAGAUAGAGAAAAAUAUGAUGAACUAGCUGCAGAGUGGACAAGGCGAUUUGCCAAGUGACUUGGGUGAAUCUGACAAACGUGCCAUUCGAAUUGCAGAUGUUCCAUCAUUUUGAUUCAUGGAUAGGUCAUAAAAUCAAGGUGAACACAAGGAAAAGCUGUUUGUAAAUUUUUCACAGUAUCUUGCUAACCUUAUGACCAUCCCAGUGUGUGUUUGAUAAUGGCUGAAAGAGACAUUCAGGACGCAAUAUGAAAUAAUGUACAAUGAGAAAUCUCAGAAUGUUUGGUUAAUUGGUGGUUAUUGUUAUUGUUUACUGUGGAAAAGCAGCUGUAACUAUAGAAGACAGUGUCCGGAGGCGUGUCCAAAAGUCGUUGGAGUUGUGGACUAGCAAGCUGAAUGAUAUUAAUGCGUCAAAAGUAACAUAUGAUGUGUACUACAUGAUUCAUUAGAGUGCAAAAGAAAACAUUUUUGUGAAGUUACAUAUCCAAGAAUUAUAUUUUUGCUUC